AUGGACGAAGUGCUUGCCUUCACCUUCACUCCCGACGAGGAGGGGUACCUCAUGGCGCCCAGACGUAAGGAAGACUUCCACUUGUGGUUUGAGGAGUACGAGUGUCUGCUCAACAUCUACAAGCGGAAGAAUCUGGAUAACUUCCUGGCCUAUCUGAGCGAGGAGUGUGAGCCGGUGGUGUUUUCGGCAGGCGUGAGCAGCUACGUGCAUCUGGUAAUGGGCCUCAUCGAUCCCGCCCGCAGGAUCAAGCACAUCCUCACCCAGGAACACUGCGACCGCAUCAUCGAGGAGGAAAGCGAUAUCGAUGAAUACGUAAAAGAUCUCAAUUUGCUCGGAAGAGAUAUGAGCAAAGUGGUAUAUAUCGACAGCAAACCCAUGAGCUUCUGGCUCCACCCUGAAAAUGGACUGUGCUGGGAGGAGUUCAAAGCAGACAAUACGAUGAAAUACGAAGAUUUGGAUGAGAUGCUGCUGGAGAUAGAGGAGUGCAGGAAGUAUAAGGAUGUUAGGGAGUAUCUCCUCAAGGAGUACAGCAUCAGGGAGGAUUUCGAAGCCACAGAUCUCCUCUGA